GACUAUGUGUGAUAAAGAGUUAACUUACAGUCGACAUGACUCAAUACAAUGGGGACUGCCCGUCUGUCUGUCCAUCUCGAGACAUGAUGCUGUGUGUUCGCUGCAACCACGGUGUGUUCAGGACCUUCAUGAGCACCUGUCACGUGAAGAUGUUUCGCUGUCAGCAUCCUGAGGAGAAAUUAUCGCUGGUUUCCCGACAGCCAUGUAUCCUGUCGGCGCCAUUCUUGCCCGAAUCGUCAGAGACUCAGGGCCGAGUAGUAGAACCAGGCGACGAAGAUGUGGUGUUGCGGUACAUACGGUGUAAGAAGUACGGGAGACUGGAAGGAGGUGAUAUGAAGUGCAAGUUUGAUGAAUUACAAGUUUGA